AUGACAGCCCUCCAAAAAGCGCCCCUCAUCCUACACAUCACAAUCGAAACCCUAGCAGCGCUCUCAUUCAUUUUCCAACCACACACACAACUCCCCGGCGCGACGCGCGAGGCGGAGCUGAUCCUGGCGAGCUACGGGGGGUUGCUUCUUACCACCAACUUAGUGUGCGGCGUAUUUGUCUUGCUCCCCGGGUUUGACGCGACGGCGGGGCUGGUGUCGCUGUGCGUGGGGACGUACCACGCGUGGCCGAUGUGGCGGGCGUAUUCUCGGCUGAGUAGUAGCAGUCGUCGGCGAGUGGUGGGGCCGUCGCAGGUGUUAGGGGGCCCCGGGGUGCAUUUAGCUGUGCACGCCGUGUGCUUGGUUGGGUUGGUGGCGGCUGGGUGGUCUGCGGUGGCGAUGUCGUGA